CCCACAAAAUAUCCCCCCUGGGAGUAUGUUCUGUGGCUGUCCCAUGCAUGCGAGUAGUGGGGGACAGUGUUGCCUUUUCAUGAGUAUAGCUUUUUAAAGGAAUAUUCCAAGCAAUUCCAAGAUUUGACUAGUUUCGGGGGUAGUUAUAGAUCUUGGCCCACUAAUUCUAAUCAAUCUGUUGUUCUGGCAGGGUUUUAACUACAAAAAUUCCCAUUUUGCGCUAACUUUACUGGAGUUGUCCCAGUGACAAUGACAGCAAUUUAAAACUCGUCUUUAUCUUUGAUUUAAAAUUACGGUGUAGCAGGUGAGGGGCCGCAGGUAUAAAAAAAUUUCCAAAGGGAAACAUGGAACACCUGGAAAUGAUGUCAAAUCCCGAAGUCAUGUCAAAACAAAAAGAGAGUAAAUGGUCUAAUUACGGUCUGCGAAUAGUGGUAAACACCGCUUCACACCCUUUCGACUAUGCCAAGAUUCUGAUACAGAUUGGAUACGAGCCCAUCGCCCCCCGGCCCGCCAAAACGUUACUGGGCAAACCUGCUCUCAAACUGCCCAACAUAUUUGAGUAUGUCAAGCACAUAAAGUCUGUCGAUGGAUUUUCUGGACUCUACACUGGUCUGGCCCCAAAACUGUGCGGGAAUCUCUUGAGCGCAAUAGCUGCUCAGAAAUGUACAGACUAUUUUAAGAUGCCUGUGUCUGAAAAUUUGGUCUUCGAGGAGGAAGAGACUGAAGAAAACAGGAAGCAAAUGUGGCUUGCUUCAAUGAAGUCCGACUUGAUCAGUCACGCAGCCGCUAUGGUUGUCAGUCACCCUUUCCAUGUUAUCACCAUACGAAUGAUGGCGCAGUUUGUAGGUCGGGAAGCCAAAUACAUGGGAUUAUUUGGGUCCAUUAAGGAGAUUUAUCAGCAAAACGGAGUGUUGGGAUUCUUCACCGGGCUGGUGCCACGACUGUUGGGUGAUGUUCUAAUCGUGCUACUGGCCGGAGGCCUCACUUACACAAUAAACCGCUACUUAGUUGAAGAAAAGGAACUCAAAGUCUACACAUCAGCCACUAUGAACUUUAUUGCAUCCUCCAUCAUGUACCCAUUCCACGUGGUGUCCAGUUGUAUGGCAGUGAACAAUUCCGGCCUCGAGAUUGGCUCGCCGCCUUACAUGCCUCACUACAACAACUGGCUGGGGUGCUGGGCCGAUCUGGGCAGGCACCAACAGUUAAAGCGCGGGUCUAGUAUAUUCGUGCGGUACUACACAGGCCCAUACAUUAGUGUCUCCGGAAAACUACUGCCAGUCACCAAAGACCAAACGCUGUAUCCCACACUUAAAUCCUAAUUCUUAAAAUGGGUGCUGUUCAAUGGUCUUUAGCAGGUUUGAUGCGUACUGUGAAAUUUUAUUGUAAAUAAAAAAAAUCGAAAAUCUGGUACUUUCACCUUUUGCAGUCAGAUUGGUGUUAGAAAGUAAGCGCGCAUUUGUUCGCAUCAGGACUAGUAAUAUUUGCCUUAUUUUACAUGGGAUAAAGCAAGAAGUGUUCGAUACGUAAGUAUGUGUGUUAUCCCAUAUGAAAUAAGGCAAAUAUUAAGUUUCAUUCGUUUUCUUCGCCGGAUGUGAACAUACGUGCUCACAUUCUAAGGGCAUUUGCAAAGACUGCUAAGGUUUAGCAGCGUUUUCAUAGUAGGAGAGUAGUUUAAAUUAAUAUAGAUUCCUUCAUCAUUUCA